AUGGCAGUCUCAAAGACAUUUAUAGUUGUAUUGCUAGUUAGUAUGAUUUUUUCUGGUGCUAGUAAUACUAUCGUUUAUAAAGCUUAGAAUUCCUAUCAUACUGAAUAAGGAGGUUAGUUUAACCAUCCAUUUAUGUAGGCUGUAACAAUGUUUUUUGGAGAGUUUAUAUGCAUAUUCUUAUACUUUUACUACAAAAAAUAUAACAAAGAAUAGUACUAAUUAGAAUUGUAAGAAGCUAAGGAAAAGGGUUUAGAAACUAAAAUGAAUUAUUUCUGGCUUCUUAUUCCUGCAUCAGCUGAUUUCUUAACUUCUAAUCUCUAAUAUAUAGCUUUGAAUUAUGUAGCUCCUUCUCUUUAUUAAAUGUUAAGAGGUGGUGUCAUUUUGAUUACUGCCCUUUUCACUGUUGUUUUCUUAAAAAAAAAAUUAUACUAGCACAACUAUAUAGGAUGCGCUUUAGUUGUUGUUGGUAUUGGCUUAGUAGGUGCUUCUAAGUAUAUAUUCCCUAGCAGUAACUCGAACAGUAACAAUAAUAGUGCUAUGAGUAACAUAUCUAUUAUUUUAAUCUUGGUUUCUCUUUUUACAAAUGGUAUUCUAUUCGUAUCAGAAGAAAAAUUAUUUUCUAAAUACUAUUUGCAUCCUUUCUAAGUCGUAGGAACUGAAGGUUUCUGGGGUUUGAGUUUAUAUGCUAUCGUUCUUCCUCUUUUAGCCUGUGUUCCUUGUGCAUCCGGUUUGGGUGAUUUAUGUUUAACUUAUGAUGGAACUUCACGUCUUGAAUAACCUGGAUAAUAUUUUUCACAAUUUGCUCAUAAUGGUGUGCUUGCAUUCUAUAUAGUUUUAGGUGUAUUCACUAUCGCUGUUUUCAAUAUUUGUGGUGUUAGUGUCACAAAGCAUAUUUCUUCUUUAGCUAGAUCAAUUGUUGAUGUUACAAGAACAGUAGUCGUUUGGGUAGUUUCUAUUGUAGUUACCGAAACUUAUGGCUAAGAUAAUCCAAAUUGGUAAUGGGAAACAGUUGCUGUCGGUCCUAUCUUAAUUGAAGCUCUUGGUUUUAUUAUCCUUGUUUGUGGUAAUUUAGUUUACAACAAGGUAAUUAUCCUACCAUUUGCAAAGCCACCAACUGCUGAAGCUGAAGCAUUACUUCAAAGUAUAGAAAAAGAAAACUAAAUUUCUAUGCAAAAUCAACCUCAAACAAAUAAUUACUCCAGAAGAUCAAGCGAAUCUGGUGCUAAUUGA